GGAAGAGGAAGCGGAAGUGCUGGCCACCCCGGGAGCGUCCACCCGAGUCGGUGGUGAGCUCCCGGGACAGUUGCCAUGGAAGGGUCUAGCGAGCCGCUGCUGGAUGCUAAGGCCGAGGUCGCCAACCAGCUUCUAGAUUUUCAGUGGAAACUAGGCAUGGCUGUGAGCUCGGACAGUUGCAGAUCACUUAAGUAUCCUUAUGUUGCCGUGAUGCUAAAAGUGGGAGAUCGUUCAGGCCAAGUAAAAAACAAGUCUUUUGAAAUGACAAUUCCACAGUUUCAGAAUUUCUACCGACAAUUCAAGGAAAUUGCUGCAAUUAUUGAAACUGUGUGAAAACUGAUUAGUUGGUUGAUAAAUUGCUAUCAUCAUCCUAAAAUCAUGGACUUCACUUUCUACAACAAAACUGCAUAAGGAUCAAAUUAUAUUUAUUGAAUGACAAUUGUACGUUUGUUUUUCCUUUUUUUUAAUUAAAAAAAAUCAGAUAAAUAG